AUGGUGAACGCCACCCAGAAGGUGACCAAGCAGUGUGCCUCUUCUCCGUUCUCGUGGGAGGAGGAACUGGCCAAGCGCAUGAAUCUGCAGACCAUGGUGGACACGCUGCAGGAGGCGGCGCAGGAGGCUGAAGCUAUCCAGGAGGAGAUGAACGAGAAGAUUGAGCGGCUCAAGGCCGAGCUGGUGGUGUUUAAGGGGCUCAUGAGUGAUCCCAUGACAGACCUGGACACAAAGAUCCAAGAAAAGGCCAUGAAGGUGGACAUGGACAUCUGUCGCCGGAUCGAUAUCACGGCCAAGCUGUGCGAUGUCGCACAGCAACGGAACUCGGAAGACGUGUCCAAGAUCUUCCAGGUGGUCCCCAAAAAGAAAGAGCGUAAGGUGGCUUCGGAUGACGACAUCUCCGAGCAGGACGGGGAGGUGAACCGGUUCUCGGACGACGAGGUCGGCUCCAUGAACAUCACAGACGAGAUGAAACGCAUGUUCAACCAGCUGUGAGUAUCUCCGCUGCCCC